AUGAGAAAUCUUGUUACUCUGAAUCGGGGGAAACUGAGCCCGCGCCCCACUUUCAAUGAUCCUGCUGAUGAGAUCGAAUUCCAGUUGUUGGACAGUUCGUUCGACACAUUGACGGAUAGUGUUACAUGUGUUCUUGGCGCUUUGUCUGUUGGACAAUUAGAGGUCCAGCAGUUUAUGAAGAACGGGCAGCUGAACGUGCUGGCAUCGUUUACUUUAGAGACCUUUGACGAUAAGUUAGUAACAUUUAUGCAUUUUGCUGAUACGAAUCAGUUGGUAUUUGUGUUUGAGCAAGGUGAUAUCAUCCUGGCAGUUUAUGACGGGGUUAACUUUGACGCAACACAAACAGUGGUAGAAAUAGUAGGGACCAUCGAUAACGGCAUUGAAGCUGCCGAAUGGUCAUACGAUGAGGAGACUCUGGCUUUGGUCACCUCAGACCGCAACGUUGUUUUGCUAAACAAACUGUUUGAGCCUGUCUCUGAAUACCACUUGAAUGUGGAUGAUUUGAAGAAAUCUAAGCACGUCACUGUCGGAUGGGGGAAAAAGGAAACCCAAUUUAGAGGUAAAGGUACACGUGCGAUGGAGAGAGACGCUCUAGCCAGUCUGAAGGCAUCAGGUCUCGUCGGUAGCGAACUAAGAGAUCCGACAAUGCCAUACAUGGUCGAUACAGGUGACGUUACCUCGAUGGAUACAAGGGAGAUAAACAUCUCAUGGAGAGGUGACUGUGAAUACUUCGCCAUCUCUACAAUAGAGAGUCUUCCAGACCAGGACGAAGAAGGUAAGUUCAUUAAUCGGAGGGCUAUAAGGGUUUUUAACCGAGAGGGACAAUUGGAUAGCGCAUCAGAACCGGUCACCGGUAUGGAACAGCAUUUAGGUUGGAAGCCUCAAGGCUCCCAGAUUGCAUCGAUUCAAAGAAAGACCACCGCAGGCGAGGAUAACUCGCUGGAUUUGAUUUUUUUUGAAAGAAACGGUUUGAGGCACUACGAGUUCGACACAAGACUACCAAUAGAUGAAGAGAUCAAAAGCGUAUGCUGGAACAAUUCUUCAGAGAUUCUAACUAUAGUUUUGAAAAAUUUCAUUCAGCUGUGGACCACUAAGAACUACCAUUGGUACUUGAAACAGAAUAUCUAUUCCCAUAACAUUCAGUACGCCAAAUGGCAUCCAGAGAAAGAAUUUACUCUGAUGUAUGGUAAUGACGGGUGCAUCAACGUUGUCGAUUUUGCCUAUAAAACGGCUCAAGGUCCGACUUUGGAACCCUUUGAUAACGGUACAUCGCUUGUGAUUGAUGGGUGCACCGUCAAUAUUACACCGUUGGCCAUAGCACACGUGCCUCCUCCUGUCUAUUUUAGAUACUUCGAGGCACCUGAUAACGUGAUUGAUGUCUCUACGGGCUUAUCCAAUGAAAUUUUUGCCGCCAUCACCAACAAUGAGCUGGUCAUUGCAACAGUAAAAAGCUUUAGUGACUUGAAAAACGGAGGACAUCCUAAAGUUGAGACAAUUUUGCCAAAGUCUGACUUUGCCAGCGAAGCUGACACUUUACGUCAAAUUGCAUUCAUCAAUGAUACAACUAUUGGUAUUCUUCUAGACUCAGAAAGCCUCUCACGAGUCGUUUUGAUUGAUAUUCAAGAUAUUUAUCAGCCAGCGGUUACUAUCGUGGUAGAAACUUAUGGUAAAGUUGUGCUCCUAAAAUCCACAUUUGAUUACAAUCAUUUAGCCUAUCAAACGAGCGAUGGUACUGUUGUCCAAUUAGAUGCAGAGGGUCAGGCAAAUCAAAUCACUCGCUUCCCCGAAUUGGUUCGCGACUUCAGGGUUAAGCGUAUCCACACUUCGGCCAAUGCGGAGGACUUAGACAAACAAUGGAGUUCUGAUAGUUCUACACUUGUCGCCUUUGGGAUCACAGCCAACGGUAAGCUUUUUGCGAACGAGACAAAACUAACAUCGGCAGUAACCUCCCUGGAGAUUACCUCUGAAUUAUUAUUAUUUACGACAGCUCAGCAUUAUUUGCAAUUUGUCCAUUUGAAUAUGAAUGCAUUUGAACACUUGCCGGUUGUUGAAGCUAACGUCGAAGAUGAAAGAGUCCGUGCUAUUGAGAGAGGGUCCGUGUUGGUAUCAGUCAUUCCGUCACAGGCCUCUGUGGUUCUGCAGGCUCCACGUGGUAAUUUAGAAACUAUCCAUCCUCGAAUCAUGGUUCUAACUGAGGUUCGUAAAAAUAUUUUGGAAAAACACUACAGAUCGGCAUUUGUUCUCUGCAGAACACAUAGAAUAAGUUUGGACAUAUUGCACGAUUACGCCCCUGAACUAUUCAUGAGUAACCUGGAGCAUUUUAUCGAAGAAAUCCACAGCGUCGAUUAUUUGAAUCUGUUUAUUUCUUGUCUAGCAGAUGAUGAUGUUACGAAAACCAAGUAUAAGGAUACUCUAUCGCUUGCUAAUACGGGUAGUUUUGAAAAGGAGGCUCCUCCUUUAACUGAGAUGCAAGAAUACAUUAAGAAAAAGUUCCAUGAUUCGGUAACUACUAAAGUCAACAAAAUCUGUGAUGCAAUCUUGGAAAUUUUAUUAUCAAGGGAAGAUUAUCAGAAAAAAUACAUGCAGUCUAUAAUCACCGCAUAUGCAUCUCAACGUCCUCAGAAACUAGAGGCAGCUGUGCUUUUGAUCAGCUCGCUUGAAGACAUCUCGGAUAAGGAUGCAUGUAUAACCUAUCUGUGCUUCUUGCAGGAUGUCAACCUGGUUUAUAAAGUUGCACUGUCAUCGUAUGAUGUCAAAAUAGCUCUAUUGGUUGCUCAAAAAUCCCAAAUGGACCCACGUGAAUACCUUCCUUUCCUUCAAUCCUUACAAGACAGCGAGCUUUUGCGCCGUAAGUUCACCAUUGACGAUUAUCUAAAAAACUACGACAAAGCUUUAACUCACCUAACUGAGUUAGAGAAGGACAGAGAGGAAGUAUCUGACGAGUUUAUUAAUUACGUUGAAACCCAUGAAUUAUACAAGGAUGGACUGAAAUUGUAUCGUAAUGACUCUGCGAAACAGAAUGCGGUUUAUAGACUGUUUGCCAAGCAUUUGUCAUCAAAGCAAGAAUAUAAUGAAGCCGGUAUCAUAUACGAAAUGUUGGGACAAUUCAAGGAGGCGAUGGGUAUGUAUGUCCUGGGGAUGAAGUGGCGCGAAGCGAUGUCUAUUGCUGUCCAAAGAUACCCUAAUGAAGUCAAUACUCUGGCUGACGAAUUAGUUACGUCGCUAUCAUUUGAGCAUCGAUAUGUCGAUGCUGCUGAAGUUCAGCUGGAAUUCAAAAAAGAUUUAAAAUCGGCCAUGGAGUUGUAUUGUAAGGCAUAUCGCUACGAUGCAGCUUGUUUGGUGGCUAAUAUCGGGAAACGUCCAGAACUUAUCCCCACUGUUGUUGACCAAGGGUUAGGCGAAGGGUUUGGUACCGUUGCUGAACUUUUGGCGGAUUGUAAGGGUCAAAUCAAUUCCCAACUGAGACGGUUGAGAGAUCUACGCACAAAGAAGGAUGAAGAUCCUUAUUCGUUUUACGGUCUAGAAACUGAGCAAGCUGAUGAUGUGUCGAUCGCACCUUCCGAAACCUCCACUAAAGAAUCCUUUUUCACUAGAUACACAGGGAAGACUGGCGGGACUGCUAAAACUGGUGCUUCCAGGCGUACAGCAAAAAAUAAACGUCGUGAAGAACGUAAACGUGCACGGGGUAAGAAGGGUACUAUUUAUGAAGAAGAGUACUUAGUCCAGUCAAUUGGGAGAUUGAUAGACAGGCUGGUUCAAACACGUACUGAUGCUUUGAGGUUGAUCGACGGCUUGUGUAGACGUGAUAUGAGAGAACAAGCCUAUCAGAUACAGAAGAAUUAUGUGGAGAUUGUUGAACUGCUCAAAACAAACGUGGAAGAAAUAUAUUCCAUUAGUGAAAAGGAUAGGGAAAGGGUUGAUGAAAAUGGCGAGGUAUAUCAUGUCCCAGAAAUCCCCGUCCCAGUAAUUGAGGAUUUCCCUAAGAAUAAGGUUAUUGACUUUUGA